CGGACGCGGCCCUGUUUCCCUGGCGACGGUUUCCCAGCUUCGCGCCGCCCCCGCAGCCGUAGCCGCGCCCGACCGCCAUCCCUCACAAGACACACUCCGGGUGAAGAAGCCAUGGCCACGUCGACAGGCGUGACCUUCUCCAUGGGCACAUCCUUCUCUGUGCCCGACGGCUUGCCUGACACUGAGAAGACGGCAGGGGAGGCGGAGAACACGUAUAUCCUGCGGCCCAUCUUCCAGCAAAGGUUCAGACCUUCUGUGGUUAAAGACUGUAUCCAUGCUGUGCUCAAGGAGGAACUGGCAAACGCCGAAUAUUCUCCGGAAGAAAUGCCUCAGCUUACAAAACAUUUGUCAGAGCACAUUAAAGAUAAAUUAAAAGAAAUGGGGUUUGACCGAUAUAAAAUGGUGGUGCAAGUAGUGAUUGGAGAACAAAGAGGUGAAGGAGUAUUCAUGGCUGCUCGAUGUUUCUGGGAUGCUGACACUGACAACUACACUUAUGAUGUUUUCAUGAAUGACAGUUUAUUCUGUGUUGUGGCUGCAUUUGGCUGUUUCUACUAUUGAAUCUUUGACAUGCUGGGAAAAGAGAUGACCAUGAAGAAAUGUAUUGUUAAGUAUUUUCACAAAAUAAAGAUAAGUUGGCAAUUUGA